AUGAAAUUAAACAUAGGAAGAGUCAUAUUUCUGGCAGUUUUUUCCCGUCUGCUAUGUGUUCUCAUUUCAUUCUUGACAAAUGAUUUGUUCUCUAAUAUAAGAAAUACUGGGAUCCUACACUUAUACCUGGAUAAUAGCCAGGACUCAGAAAAUACACUCACCUGGAAACUAUUCAAAUCAUUUAUUAACUGGGAUGGUGAAUACUAUUUGAGGCUAUCGUACUAUAAUGAUUAUGAGUAUGAACACCAGCAUGCUUUUUUACCCUUAUAUCCCAUCUUGGUAAACCAAAUUUCAAAAGUUAUAUCUUGUUUCAAUAAGACGAGUAUUUUGGUCAAUAUGAUUGUUGGUACAUUAUUAAGCAAUUUAGCAUUUGUGAUAGCCUCUGUUGGUUUGUAUCUAUUUCAAUGUGAAUUAUUCUCCAAGAUCAAGAUAAAAAAUGUAGUUUUCCCAGGAAUCUCUACUCUCUUCUUCCUCUUUCCAAGCUCAAAUAUCUUCAAUUCGUCAAUGUAUACUGAAAGUCUAUAUUCAUGUUUCAAUUUUUGGGGAGCUUUUCUCAUUCUUAGAGCUGAAUCAAACUCUCACAAGUUUGGCUUUUUCUCAGUUAAGAAUUUUACCUACUUAAUUUUAUCAGUACUUUGUAUGUCAGUGGCAUGUGGGAUUAGAUCAAAUGGGAUCUUGAAUUCUAUUCCACUAUUCUUCUACUUUGUUUCAACCAGUCCAAAAAUAGGUAACAUCUUAUCAUUUAUUGUUCACUGGUUUAUUGCAUUUAUUUUGUUCAUCUCAACCAUCCUGCCUUUUCUUAUUUAUCUAGUUUAUGCUUAUUUCCGAUACUGUGUAAAUAUUUCAAUCUCCCGUCCCUGGUGCCAAUUCCUAAUCCCAAAUAUAUAUUCUUUUGUCCAAAAUGAAUACUGGAGUAAUGGUAUAUUUAACUAUUGGAGAAUUGAAAAACUUGACAAAUUUAUCCUAAUUGUCCCCUUUAUACUAGUAACAGUUUACUCAAUUAAAAUAUUCUUCAUAAAAAAGUCUGAAAAAGACAAAAAUGAUACUUCUUCUAUUAUUAAUCAAACUCUUCAUCAUUUUCAAAACUGCUAUUCUGUGUUUGGAUACUUCUUUCAAGUAUAUUUCCUUCUUAUUUCCAUUUUACUUUAUGGAUAUGUUGAAGUCAUUAUCAGACUAUUCAACUGUAUUCCAAUAUAUUUCACUCUUAUGGGUUACUUUUUCCAAAAUCAAAGCUCAAAACUCACCAGUCUUUUUUUGAUUUACCAAAUAUUCACCUUCAUUUUUGGAAGUAUUUGGUUCCCAAACUUUCUUCCUUGGACUUAA